AAUGUAGGCGGUGCCAUGUGGAGCGAGGAGGGAGCCGGAGAGCAGGAGUAAAACCGAAAACAUGAGUCUUUUACCGCGCAGCGCCGAGGAGUUCAGCUCCUCCGAGUACUGGGAGAGGUUCUUCAAGAAGCGCGGGGACAAGGCCUUCGAGUGGUAUGGAGACUACAACAAACUGUGCGGCGUGCUGCACAAAUACAUCAAAGUCACACACAAGGUGCUGGUGGUCGGCUGUGGGAACUCUGAGCUGAGUGAACAGCUGUAUGAUGUCGGCUACAAACAUCUGACUAACAUAGAUAUUAGUGAAACUGUGGUGAGCCACAUGAAGCAGAGGAACGCAGGCUGCAGACCUGGGCUGACCUUUCACCAGGUGGAUGCAACACAAACUCCAUACGAGGACGGCAGCUACCAGGCUGCUCUGGAUAAGGGCACGCUGGAUGCUAUGGCUUCAGCAGAGGGAGGGACACUGGCCAACAACAUGCUGACUGAAGUGGGCCGUGUGCUCGGUGUUGGGGGCAGGUAUCUGUGUGUGACUCUGGCUCAGGAGGCUGUGAUAAAGCUAGCUGUGGAGCACUUUGUGCAGCUGGGCUGGGCCGUGAGGCUCCACUGUCUGCAGGAGGAAAGAGGAGCUGAGGAAGAGGAGUCCUUCGCCCUGCCCGUCUUCGUCCUGGUCUGCACCAAGUUCCGCCAGCCCCUGGCCACGCCCAUUCUGGAGAUGUGUGUGGGGGACAGCGGCGCGCCGGUCCGACACACACACGUGUGCGAGCUGCUGUCGUYGGUCAGAGAGUGUCAGGCGUACUCUGUGCUGAGGAAGAGGCUCCGAACGAGCACCGACCCUGAGGCCAGCCUGUCGCUGACUCUGUGCCACGCCCACACGGGACUGCCCAGAUACACCCUGACAGUCCAGGACAGUCCACCUGGACUCAAGGUGCCCCGACCCAAUCACUUUGCUAUAUUUAUCGUCCCUCGCGGGAGUGAAACGGCCUGGCUCUACAGCUCCGAUGAGGGCAGGAGGCAGCUGGCAGCCAGCGCUAACUUUCGGCGCCUGGUUAUUGCUUCGAUGCACAGGAAUCAGGAGUACGCAGACAUGCAGGCCGUCCAGUCAGAACUCUCACCUGUGGUGAUGGACCUGGCUCCGCCAGGUAUGCCCACCAACCAGCAGGUUCCAUUCCUCUCAGUUGGAGGCGACCUUGGCUGGAGGGAGGAGGUCAGCAGAGGAGUGAGUCAGCUCAGCGGGGAGUUCUGUGUGGAGAACGUGCGAGGAGAAGAYGGAGAACUGUAUCGCCGACUAGUGUUCAUGUCUAACACCGCCCUGGUCCAGUCAGAGAGCCGACUCGUCUCAUCAAACACUGCAUCGAGUCACAAGAAGAAGAACAAAAAGAAGCUCAGAGCUUCCUCUGCAGCAGGAACAUCUCUGUCGGUGGACAGUGGCUUCCUCUGCUGCGCCCAUCAUGAGGUCAUGGUGGCAGGUCUGGCCUUGCUCCGGGUGGGGGGUCAGCAGAGCAAAGAUGGGCCCGUAUCAGUGCUCCUGGUGGGGCUCGGGGGUGGAGGUCUGCCUCAGUUUCUGCGGGACUUUGUGCCUAAUGUAAAGGUGGAGGUGGUAGAACUGGACCCCGCUGUGCUGGAGGUGGCCAAGGAGUGGUUCGGGCUAAAACUGGACGAUCGUCUGGUCGUUACUGUUGGAGAUGGACUGGAGCGCAUCACUGCUCUGGAGAGAGGAGGUCACCAGUUUGAUGCCAUCAUGUUUGACGUGGACAAUAAGGACAGCUCUUUUGGUAUGAGCUGUCCUCCUGCUGCCUUCGUGGAAACUCCCAUCCUGCAGAAAGUUUUUAACCUGCUCUCUCCAACAGGUCUGUUUAUGCUGAACCUUGUGUGUCGUGACCCGGCCCUGAGGAAGAGCGUCCUCCAGCGAGUCACGGCCGUGUUUCCUACUGUUCUGUCUCGAAAGAUAGCCGAGGAAAUCAACGAAGUCCUCCUGUGCUGUCGUCAAGAACAGGACGGCGCCCACAUCCUUUCAUCCCUCAACCAGGCAGCCAAGGAUCUGCAGAGCGCUCUGUUUUCUAACAAGACUGAAGCUCAUCGCACACCACAUUUUGACAUAACUGAGGCCUUAAAAAACCUACAAAUAGAGUGAAAUGUUGUGAUUAGUUGUGUCACGAUUGUAUGAAAAGUGGCUCCUUAAAGUCUGUUUGAAAAGUAAGAACCACAGAUGAUGAUUUUUAUUUGAUGCUCAAAAGGUUGGGAAAAUGUAAAUAAAAACAGAUGGUGAUGGUU